CUCUUACUCUCUCUGCCCUUUCCGACUGACUAUAUAUAUCUUUUCGCCUUGUCAUGUGCUUUCACUCUUCUCCACUGUCCUUCCCAGCGCCAGCAGCUAGAAAAUAAGAAACGCUCAGAUCUGAGAUUGCGUCCGACGAAACGCGACCGGGAUAGCGCGAUCUGUUUGAGCAGCUGCGGGAUGGCAGCAGUAGAUGUUGAAAAGGAUAUUGUUGGACAGAUUACCUGUGGAUCUUUACUACAGCAGUUGCAGCAAAUUUGGGAUGAAGUUGGUGAAAGUGAUGAGGAGAGGGACAAAAUGCUCCUUCAGUUGGAGCAAGAGUGCUUGGAUGUAUACAAGAGAAAGGUUGACCUUGCAGUGAAGUCUAGAGUCCAGCUCCUUCAGACACUGGCUGAUGCUAGAGUUGAACUUACCAAUCUCCUUUCAGCUCUUGGAGAGAAGACUUAUAUUGGGAUUCCGGAGAAAACAUCUGGAACAAUCAAGGAACAGCUUUCAGCUAUUGCUCCUGCUUUGGAAAAGCUUUGGAAACAAAAGGAUGAGAGGAUUAAAGAAUUUUCCGAUGUUCAAUCUCAAAUACAGAAGAUAUGUGCAGAGAUUGCUGGAACGAGUGACCAGAUGGAGAGUCCAGUAGUCGAUGAAUCUGAUCUUUCUGUGAAGAAAUUAGAUGAAUUCCAUUCACAGCUCCAAGAUCUUCAGAAAGAAAAGAGUGAUCGGUUGCACAAGGUUCUUGAGUUUGUCAGCACUGUGCAUGAUCUUUGUGCGGUCUUAGGCAUGGACUUCUUUACGACUGUCACAGAUGUGCAUCCAAGCCUCAAUGAUUCUACUGGCGUCCAAUCAAAGAGCAUAAGCAAUGAUACACUGUCUAGGUUGGCUAAAACUGUUCUUGCACUAAAGGAAGACAAAAGGCAGAGAUUGCAAAAGCUUCAAGAAUUGGCAACACAGCUUAUUGACCUUUGGAACCUGAUGGACACUCCACGAGAAGAACGCAGCCUUUUUGAUCAUGUUACUUGUAAUAUUGCAGCUUCAGUAGAUGAAGUUACUAUUCCGGGGGCGCUUGCUUUAGAUCUCAUUGAACAGGCUGAAGUGGAAGUCGAGAGGCUAGACAAGCUAAAAGCUAGCAGAAUGAAGGAAAUUGCUUUCAAGAGGCAAUCCGAGCUCGAAGAGAUAUUUGCUCAUGCACACAUAGAGAUCGACACCGAGGCAGCUCGGGAAAAAAUAUUAUCACUCAUCGAUUCAGGGAAUAUCGAGCCAGCAGAGUUAUUGGCCGACAUGGAUAAUCAGAUAGCAAGCGCCAAAGAAGAGGCUCUGAGCAGGAAGGAAAUAUUAGAUAAGGUUGAGAAAUGGAUGUCGGCCUGUGAAGAAGAAAGCUGGCUUGAAGACUACAACAGGGAUGAAAACAGGUACAAUGCUAGCCGAGGCGCUCACUUGAAUCUGAAGAGGGCAGAAAAGGCCAGAAUCCUCGUCAACAAAAUCCCCGCUCUGGUCGACAGCUUAGUCGCCAAAACCCGCGCGUGGGAGCAAGAACGCGGUCUAACAUUCACGUACGACGGAGUCCCCCUUCUUGCAAUGCUGGACGAGUACGUAAUGCUUCGACAGGACAGAGAAGAGGAGAAAAAGAGGAUGCGGGACCAAAAGAAGCUGCACGAUCAGAUGAACAAGGAACAAGAAGCAAUGGCGGGUUCGACGCCGAGCCCUCGUGGGGUCGGCACCAAGAAGGUCGUCGGCCCACGAGCCAACGGAGGCGGAGGCGCCAACGGUAGCUCAAAUCGACGACUCUCCCUCAACGCCCACCAAAAUGGGUCUCGAUCGAUCAAUCGAGACGGGAAGAGAGACAACCGGCCUGUCGCCCCUGUCAACUACGUCGCCAUUUCGAAGGAGGAUGCUGCGUCGCAUGUUUCCGGCACCGAACAAUCGCUCCCGAGCACUCCUUAAGACAGCAAACCGUGGUGUUCCUAUAUCCAUAUGCAGUAUGUAUUGUUGUUUUGUGGCAUUUGUUGUCUACUUGUAGCAAGAUAUGUAGCCUUCUUGUAUGAGAGAGAUAUCCCUAUGUAGACUGAGCUUUAUGGGUAUUUGUCGUAAUAUUGAGCUUUAACUAACCCACAUUGAAUGUUUAGGUUUUAAAAUUUCGUGUAGGCCUUUUUGUUCUCCACAUCGAUAAUACUCCCUCAUUCCGGUA